AACCCCACUGAGCCUGGGCAGAGGCUGACACCAUGGAGCUGACAAGCACAGUCUCCCUCUUCUUGGUCGCCUACCUCUCCUGCCUCGCCCUGCUCUUCCUCUGGAGGAAGUCCUCUGCCAGGGGCCGACUGCCUCCGGGACCCACUCCUCUGCCCCUGAUUGGGAAUUUCCUGCAGAUUAAGGCAUCCGAAACCUUGCCGUCCCUCCUCAAGCUGAGGGAAAAAUACGGCCCCGUCUUCACGAUCUACUUUGGAAACCGACCGAUUGUGGUCUUGUGUGGCUACGAAGCAGUGAAGGAGGCCCUGAUUGACAAGGCGGAAGAAUUCUCCGGGAGGAAAACCAUGCCUACUGUGCAGAGGUUCUUCCAGGAUUAUGGGGUUGUCUUUUCCGAGGGGGAUCGCUGGAAGCAGCUGCGCCGUUUCUCCCUGACCAUCCUGAGGAAUUUUGGAAUGGGGAAGAAAUCCAUCGAGGAGCGGAUUCAAGAGGAGGCCCAGGUCCUGCUGGAGGAAUUUCAGAAGACCCAAGGGAAGCCCUUCAGCCCCGUCUUCUUGCUCAGCUGUUGCGUGUCCAACGUCAUCUGUUCGAUCGUCUUCGGCAAUCGCUUCGAUUACAAAGACAAGGAAUUUCUGGCUCUCAUGAAGAUGAUGAACGACUCCUUUCGGCAGAUAAGCGACAGCUGGUCUCAGUUCUACGAUAUGUACGCCAACAUCCUGAAAUACUUCCCAGGGCCCCACACCAAGAUCUACGACAUCCUGGAAGACAUGAGGCUCUUCAUUGCCAGGAGGGUGAAGAAGAACAAGGAGACCCUGGACCCCAACUUUCCCCGGGAUUUCAUCGACAGUUUUCUCAUCCAGAUGGAGAAGGAGAAGGACAACCCGGACAGUGAAUUCAACCAGAAGAACCUGGAGUUGACCACCUUGAACCUGUUUUUUGCUGGGACGGAGACCGUCAGCUCCACCCUGCGAUACGGAUUUCUGUUGCUGAUGAAGUACCCUGAAGUGCAAGCAAAGAUGCAGGAAGAAAUCGACCACGUGAUUGGCCAGAACCGGAUACCCAACAUUGAGGAUCGGAGCCAGAUGCCUUACGUGGAUGCAGUGAUCCACGAGGUGCAACGGUUCAGCGACCUCAUCCCCAUGAAUGUGCCCCACUCGGUCACCCGCGACACGGAAUUCAGAGGCUACCUCAUUCCGAAGGGCACAGAAAUCUAUCCCCUGCUCACCACUGUCUUGCACGAUGGCACCAAGUUUAAAAGCCCCGAAGGGUUCCACCCGGAGAACUUCCUGGAUGAGAAGGGGCGGCUGAAAAGGAACGACGCCUUCUUCCCCUUCUCCGCAGGGAAGCGCAUCUGCCUGGGGGAAGCCCUGGCCCGGAUGGAGCUCUUCCUCUUCUUCACCACCAUCCUGCAGCGGUUCCAGCUGAAGCCCGUGGUGGAACCCAAGGACAUCAACCUGACACCCCAGGAGUUUGGCUUUGCCACCAUCCCGCCUCUGUACGAGCUCUCGGUUGUCCCCCGCUAAGCGGGUGGGCAAGUGCGCUCUCCUCUGGGCUCCUGUGCUUUUGCACCAGCUGGACCUUCGGGGGGGGGAUGUACGGGGCCAGGAUCUCUGAGGGGUUGGGAAAAUAUUCUUCUUCCAGGUGUUUGCCUUGAAAAUAUAAAGCUUUGCGGGGAUGCAGGUGACCUGAA